GGACUCUGGACUUAUUCCCCCUUCCAGUCAGCCAUGAAGCUUCAGCCUGCAGCAUUGAGCGCCGUGUUCCUGCUCGCUCUGCUCUCAUCUGAGUGCUGGGGCAGGAACGAGGAGGAGCGUCUGAUCAACUACCUGAUAAAGGAGCGAGGAUAUAACAAAGAGCUGCGACCUGUUGAAAGGCAGCAGGACGCUGUCGAUGUUUACCUCGCACUCACACUGUCCAACCUCAUUUCUCUGAAAGAGGUCGACGAGACACUGCUGACGAACGUGUGGAUAGAUCAUACGUGGACUGACUACCGACUGUCGUGGAAUGUGUCAGAGUUUGAUGGCAUCGAGAUGCUUCGAUUGCCAACCAGCAUGGUGUGGCUGCCGGAGAUCGUGUUGGAAAACAAUAAUGAUGCCCAGUUCCAAGUGGCCUACUACAGUAAUGUACUCGUGGAUUCUGAUGGUCUCUGCUAUUGGUUACCUCCUGCCAUCUUCCGCUCCUCCUGCUCCAUAAACGUCAACUACUUUCCCUUCGACUGGCAGAACUGCACGCUCAAAUUCACCUCUCUGACCUACAAUGCCAAAGAGAUCAGGAUGCUAUUGAAGGAGGAAUAUAGUGAGGAUUUAAGUGAGAAAUGGACAGUGGAGUGGAUCAUCAUUGACCCUGCAAGCUUCACAGAGAAUGGCGAGUGGGAGAUCAUUCACCGGCCGGCCAAGAGGAACACUUACAAGCACAUUCCUAUGGAGAGCAACAAGCACCAGGACAUCACCUUCUACCUGGUCAUCAAACGCAAACCUCUCUUCUACAUCGUCAACAUCAUCAUCCCCUGUGUGCUCAUCUCCUUCCUGGCCUCGCUCGUCUACUACCUGCCUGCUGACAGUGGUGAGAAGAUGACCUUGUCCAUCUCAGUGCUGCUGGCUCAGUCUGUCUUUCUGCUGCUGAUCUCUCAAAGGCUGCCGGAGACUUCCAUGUCUGUUCCACUCAUUGUCAAAUACUUGAUGUUCAUCAUGGUGUUGGUGACGGUGGUGGUGUUGAACUGUGUGGUCGUCCUCAACCUGCACUUCAGGACACCGAGCACACAUGUAAUGUCUGAAUGGACCAAAAAGUUCUUCCUUGAGCGGCUGCCCCGCAUCCUGCGUAUGUCUCGCCCCGCUGAGGAGGAGCCACACUGGGAUGGAGCAUUGCCACGGCGAUCCAGCUCAGUGGGCUACAUUGCCUCGGCGGAGGAGUACUACAGUGUCAAGUCCCGCAGUGAGCUGAUGUUUGAGAGACAGUCGGUGAGGCACGGACUGACGGCCCGAGCCACACACGCAGCAAUUGUGAAGCCACAGGAGGAUGGAGGUGUGACAGAUCAGCUGUUUGCAGAGAUCAAGCCGGCGUUGGACGGAGCGAACUACAUCAUCAAACACAUGCGCAACAAGAACGACUACAACGAGGAGAAAGAUAACUGGAGUGGCAUUGCUCGUACAGUGGACCGCCUCUGUCUCUUCCUGGUUACCCCGGUGAUGACGUUCGGCACCAUCAUCAUCUUCCUGAUGGGAAUCUGUAACCACCCUCCACAUCUGCCCUUCAAAGGAGACCCAUACGACUACAGAGAGGAAAACCCACGCCUGCUGUAACACACACACACACACACACACACCCACACACACACAGACACACACACACACACACACACACACACACACACACACACACACACACACAGUAGUAUAAUAUAUAAUUUAUACACUCUUGUUCAAAUCCAGGAGUUUGUUUCCUCUUUAUUAUUUUUGUUUGAUUUUUCUCCAGGUACACAGCUGUGUGUGUGUGUUUUUUUUUCUAAACUUAAAUUUGAAGUGAACAACUACAUCAGUAUGUGACUAUUUUAAUUUUCUUUGUGUGGUUUAAAUAAACAUUUAAACUCUGUAU